AUGACGGAACCUCUAGAUCCGCAGGGAAAUCUUGCGUCGCUCACCACAAAAGAACCGUUCGAUAAUAUGGAUACAGACAACAAACAGCCAAAGGAUAGAAGCACAAGUCCCAACCAGGAAGAAAAUGAAGCGGCCAAAGAAAAGGCAUCUAUGUUCAAUAGGGGGUUUCGUUUCUGGGCCAUUAUGUUUGCGCUGGCAGUUGGGGGGAUGUUGACCGCGCUCGAGGCCACUAUUACGUCGACUGCGCUGCCCACGAUUGUCGGAGAGCUUGGUGGGGCAGACCAGUAUAUCUGGGCUGUUAACGUUUACUUUUUGUGCAUGACAGCACUACAGCCACUUUUUGGUCAGCUGGCAAACGUGUUUGGCCGAAGAUGGCCUAUGAUAAUAGCUACUGUGCUAUUCGUGGUCGGAAGCGGCGUCUCGGGCGGAGCAGCAAACAUGGGGCAGAUGAUUGCAGGCCGCGCUCUCCAAGGCCUAGGGGCCGGAGGAAUAAAUGUCCUAAUCGAAAUUAUCGUUUGCGACUUGAUACCUCUAAGAGAGAGGGGCAACUACUUGUCACUGGUUUUCGGCGUAAUCGCCCUAGGUACAGCACUCGGUCCCUUUUUCGGCGGCUUGAUAGUUCAACACACCAGUUGGCGAUGGGUAUUCUACUUGAACCUUCCUGUUGGCGGUGUUGCAUUGGUACUCUUGGUUCUGUUCCUGAACGUGAAAUAUAACAAGGAAGACUCAUUGGCAACCAGGCUAAGUAGCAUCGACUGGGUUGGCACAGUGAUUUUUGUCGGGUCUGUGUCCUCAAUCCUGCUGGCUUUAUCGUGGGCAGGUACAUUAUACCCUUGGUCAUCUUGGCGAAUUAUCGUUCCUCUCAUCGUUGGCUUUCUGGGACUUGCGGGUUUCCUCGUCUUUGAAGGCUCCAGCUUCUGUCAAGACCCUACAAUGCCCUUGCACCUUUUCUCUAACCGAACGUCGCUUGUGGGUUUCAGUCUUACAUUCAUCCACAGUAUUGCGAACAUUUGGGCCUUGUACUUCCUGCCCGUAUAUUUUCAAGGCGUCCUCGUUUCUUCGCCAGGUCGUUCUGGCGUACAGCUGCUCCCCUCAAUCCUAAUGCUCAUUCCAUUUGCUGCAAUUUCAGGAGCGGUACUCACAAAAUGGGGCCGUUACCGACCAAUUCAUCAUGCCGGCUAUGCAGUGAUGGCCAUAGGCCAUGGGCUAUUCACCCUUCUAAGCGAACAUUCGUCCACGGCUGAAUGGGUGAUUUUUCAAAUGUUAGCCGCCGCGGGAGCAGGUAUUGUGAUCCCAGUACUGCUACCGGCAGUUCAAGCCGAGCUUACGGACAAAGACACUGCCCUAGCAACAUCAACCUGGGCAUUCGUCCGAAGCUUUGGCAUGGUUUGGGGUUCCACAAUUCCUGCUGCGAUAUUCAACAAUCGUUUUGACCAGCUUUCCGGGCGUAUCAGCAGCGACAUAGUUGCAGCUCAGCUGAGGGGCGGAAGAGCAUACGAGCACGCCACAAAGUCUUUCCUUGAAAGGUUACCCACAGGUAUUCGCCAAGAGGUCAUUUCUGUCUUCUCUGACAGCUUAAGGCGGGCCUGGCAAGUGGCAUUGGCAUUUGUGCUGCUGGGAUUCGUUCUGGUCAUUGGCGCAAGGGAGGUUCCUCUGCGAAAGGAAGUUAAUACAGAGUAUGGAAUGGCGGAUGAGCGAAAAAAGAAGGUUGAAUCGUUGAUGGAGGAGGGCAAAUCGACGUUGGACGGCGUGGGCGAAGUGAAGGGAAUGGAGGAGUCUUCAAGAAUCUGCACUGAUAUUCCCCAAAUGUUUGAAUUUUUCCAUUCCCCUUUCUUUAACUUUGAGUUGAUCAGGAUUCUGGGCAGCACCCCGUUUGGUGGCUGUGAGGUUGCCGAAUUUCUUGAGGCCGUAGGCACAAUUCGAAGACAUGAUUCGGAAAGUUGGUAUUAUGCUUGGUACGAGCAGGCUGAAAGAGCUGAAACUAUAGCCCAAGAGGCGGCGCGAGACGGCCAUCUCACUGCCGCUCGCCGCGCAUACUUGCGAGCCUGCAAUUACUUUCGCGCCAGCUCAUAUAUGCUCAUAAAUCCUGACGACCGAAUUCUUCCUAGUGCCGAGAGGUCCAUUCAAAAUUUCAAGCAAGCAACGCUCCUUAUGGAAGAAAAUGUUGUCGUUUUAAAUAUUCCAUAUGAGGACGGAGUCACUCUACCGGGGUACCUCUAUCUACCUACACCGUCGAGGCGAGACCCAAAACGCAAAAUUCCCAUAUUACUAAAUUGUGGCGGUGCCGACUCCACGCAAGAGGAGCUUUAUUUUCUUUAUGUGACCACAGGAACGGAGUUGGGCUAUGCUGUUGUUACAUUUGAUGGCCCUGGCCAGGGUAUUGUUUUGAAAAAGGAGAAAAUACCUAUGAGACCAGACUACGAAGCUGUCACGAGUACAGUCUUGGAUCACUUGUUCAAAAUUGCUAGUCAGCAUCCAGAGUACGAUCUUGAUCUCGACAUGGUGGCAGUUGCAGGUGCGUCUAUGGGCGGGUAUUACUCGCUUCGCGCUGCCAUUGAUACCCGAAUUAAGGCAUGCGUUGCAGUUGAUCCGUUCUAUAGCCUUUGGUCCCUGGCUUUGACUCACAUGCCGGCUUUUUAUGUCCAGCUCUGGCAAACUGGCUGGAUAUCAGAGUCAUUGCUAAAUGGAACUGUACACUUCUCCUCAGCUAUCAGCUUUAUAGACCGCUGGGAGUUUUCACUUGGCAAAGCCAUAAUGGGCACGUCCACUCCCGGAGAUACCCUUCGACGGUUUCAGGAUUUCACCCUUGAUGACGAUUCUAGCGGAGGAACGAUAAUCGACCGAAUAUUUUGCCCCAUUUUGGUAACAGGUGCUAGCCAUACAAUAUACGCGUCUCCGGAUGCAAGUACGGUAUUAAUAUACGACUUGCUUAAGCACCUCCCAGAAGAUAAGAAAGAAAUGUGGGUUCCAAAUGAUAUUGGAGAUGGAGGUCUUACGGCUAAGGUGGGUGCCUGGUCACUGCUUGCACAAAAGACUUUCCAAUUUCUAGAUAAGCAUCUCGGUAUCAAAAGGCACGAGUAUCGUAUUUAA